GCAGUGUAUAUAAAGGCCUGUCUGGGUGGAGGGAGGUGAGGCCCUGAAGCAACAUCAUUUCUUCUCAAGAUCUGACCAACUUCAGCAAAGAUGGAGAGCGCAGUGAUUGUGAAGAAAUUGCCCUUCAAGGUCGGACAGACCAUGACGGUUGUUGGAAUCCCUGAUCUUGAUUGUCCAAGAUUUAACAUCAACAUUGGCACUGAUAAGUUCACCAACAUUGGACUCCACUUCAGCCCUCGUUUCGAUUACGGUGGAGACCACAACAGAGUGGUCUGCAAUACUUUCCAGGACGGAAACUGGGGUGAAGAGGUGAAAUGGGGAAGCUUCCCCUUCUGCCAGGGACAGGAGUUCAAGGUCAUCAUUGAUUUCACUCCGACUGAGUUCGUGGUGACUUUAUCAGAUGACUCUGUAAUCAACUUCCCCAAUCGCUUUAAUGCAAAGGAAUACUCAGCCAUGAACUUAUUAGGGAAAGUUCGCUUCACCAGUUUGCAGAUUAAGCAGAUCCCCAUUCUCCCAUGUGCAUGAGGUGGUGCCUCAAAUGCUCAUCAUAUAUUAAUCUGUGAGAUGAGAUUUUAGUGAGAUUAGAGCAGAUGCAAGCAGCCACACUUAGAAUGUCAUUCUGACAACUGAUUUGCUUUUCUGUGCUUUUGACAAUUAUUUUCAACCUUUAGCGUCUUUGUUGACAUGAAUCUGUUUUGCUUAAUAAAACUUCAUAAAAUGUG